GGGGCUUUUAAUUAUUUUAAUCGGGUAUUGGAGUUACAAAAUGCUGCCUGGGGAGUUAGAUAAUGUACCAGAAGAAAAUAUAGUUGAUAUGGUAGAAGAAAAGGCUGACGAUGACGAAGACGAAAACAAACGGUGGGAUCGUUUCGAGGAAAAAUUGAAGUGGAUCGAGGAUCAUCAAUCUCCUAUAGAAGUUGUUGAUCAAGAACCAGCUAUCAAUGACUUAGCGGAGGACUUAAAAGCAGAUCCAUCCCUUUCCAAAAAGGCACUACAAUGUAUGGCAGCCCUUCACAGUUUUGAUCGUCAAGAUGCCCGCACCUUAUGUUCUGUGGAACAGCAUUAUAAACUAGCAUAUGAGGUCCUGGAUGAUCCUGACUUCAUUCAUCUACUUGCCGAGAGAACUAAGAGGUACACUGAAGUCCGCGUGGAACUACGCAAAUUUGCGUUUGAGCGAGCAAAGAUCCAAAGUAAGGAUGCAGUAGGAGUAGUUUAUAAUAUUAUUCAGGAUGCUGGGUUCCAUCUUUAUGCGCAACGAAUUGAAAAGAAUGACGUUGGUGGAGCCCUGAGGAUUUUUCUGAGUAUUCUAAUCGUUUAUUGGAGUCAUAAUUCGGUAUAUGAGAAGUUAACCGAGAAAUAUGUUGAGUAUGCUCGAGAGCAAUCAGCACUCGUUACUUACCUUAGGAAUGCUCGGGGCAAUGACAAGACAUCGGGUGAAAUUAGAUAUAGCACCAGGUUUGCCGGUGACUUGGAGGGUUUGAAGGCAGCAUUACAUAAGCUAUAUGAUGAUAGAUCUUGUACGCACAUUUUUAAUGAG